GACUGCUGGAGGGACCCGCUCUGAAGUGGGCCACCUCAACCUCCAACAGUCAGCAGCAGUCUAUGGAGGACUGGGCUUUUGGGCUGGGGGUGGACAAACUUCUGCAGGCCCUAGAGGAUCGCUUUGCAGACAAGGAGCGGGCCUGCAAAGCUGCUGACAAGAUUGCUCGCUUGGGGCAGCAGCGCUACAGCGGUACCUUGCAGUCGUUGUUUGCAGAGUUCGAGCAGCUUACCUUUACCCCUGGGUUGGCCAUGUCCACUGAUGAUCUGUUGACCAACUUCUGCAGGGCAGCGCCUGAGAAGUUUGUUGUUGCAUUGUACAUCGCUGGGCACAAGGAUUGGAGAUCCUUUGGUCGUGCAACCCUGGACAUGGAGGUAAAUCUUCAUGUCCAGGCCCCCUCCUCUGACAGGAGGAAAGGUGCCUUCCCUUGUGGUGGUAGAAAGGGAAAGGCAACCUUUGCACAUGCAGGGUCUGCAUCAGCUGCUGCUUCAGACUCCCAGGCUGAUACGCCAUCAGCUGGGACUGGAUCAACUGUUGAAACAAAUGUUGCAGCGACCCUGACUCAGGCUGUUCUGGGAGUUCUGCAGCAGCAGAAAAGAUUAUCCCCCACUACAGCCUCAGCCAGUGCAAAGGGGAAGGACAAGGGACGUCGGCCUUACUCCUCCCAGCGCCCAAAUCUGCCAAAGGACGUCCAUAUGCCAGCUGACCCACUCAAUCCCUCCACUCUCCCCUGUCAUGACCUCAAGAUCCAAGAGGGGGUGUGGAGAAGAAGGAAGGAAAGAGGGGUCUGCCUGAGGUGUGAGGGCCAGCACUUUUUAAAGGACUGCCCUUACAUGCCAGGCCCAGAUCAGCAGGACUGGGAUCUCCACUUGGCUCAAGCACAACUUGUUUAUAACAUGUCUGUCCAUUCCUCGACUGGGUUCAGUCCAUACCGGUUGCACUGGGGACGUGAACCACGACAGCCUCUCGAUGAUAUCAUCGACAAGGCUAAGUCGGACCUGACACCAGGCACCGCAGAGUUCACCAGACGCUAUAGCAUAGAUGUGGAAAGAGCACGGGCGAACUUGUUCAAAGCCCAAAAGGCAAUGAUUGAACAAGCUAAUCGCCACAGGCGGCCUUCCCCCAUCCGCACUUGUGAUUAUGUCUGGGUAGCUAGUUCUGAGUUGUCGAGGGAGGAGGAUAUCUCCCCCAAGCUGUUGCCUCGUUAUUUGGGUCCAUGGCAGGUCUUAGAUACAAUGGGCGCUGAUCCAUUCGGUCCAUCCUAUGUCAUCGAUGUCCCACUGCAACUACGAACCUAUCCGGUCUUCCAUGCAUCUAAGCUGCUUCCAUUCACUCCAACUGAUGCAUUCCCAGACCGACCCCCUCAAUUUGGUCCACCGAUCCCUGGCAAGGGGUAUGACGUGGAAUGGAUUGAGGAUGAGUGGGGCACAUGCCCCGAUCGGCAGUAUCUUGUGAGGUUCGCUUUCCAGCCUCCUACUGAGAACAGAUGGUUCUACAGGAAGGAACUUCUGAAGACAACGAAGUCAGUUGUUCUGCGAUAUGAAGCGGCUCAGAAGGGCAACCUUCCUCGCCGGUCACCUCGUCUGCAUCCCUAGCUCGGAGGUCCUCGCUCCCCGGGGGGAUAAACCUGCAAUGACUUG